AUGCACACUGGACGUUUUUACAGCUGCUGUUUUUGGCUUUUGACGUUUUUUCUACAACCAGUAAACUCCCCAGCAUGUUAUCCUAUGUGUCCAUGCACAUAGACUGGACGUUUUUUGGUGGAAAAAAAACCCAGAACUAGUGGGUUCCUAGAGGAGUUUUUUAGCUCUAAAAACGCUCUAAUGCUGCAAAAACGCAGUAAAUCUCUGCAAAACAGCAUUCUUGGACUUUUUUUGAGCAGAAAAAAGAAAUUUUUUUUUUCUUUGUUAAAAAAAAAAAAAAACGCAAAUGCGAAAAAAAACGUGGCAAAACACCGCUAA